UUCCCCAGCCCGGCUCUCGGCGGCCGCGGACGGCUGCUUCCCCGGUUACUACAACAACCAACCAGCAACCGCCCGCUCGGGGCCACUGCGCAGGCGCCCGCCACCCGGCGCCCACAACGCUCGGCUUCAGGCGCCGACGAAUGUCGUCACCCCCGCGCAGCGCGGGCUCGGAGACCACGCUCAGCAGAAGAAUCUCGACUUCUUUUCCCCACUUUUUCUCCCCCGCCCCUAACGGGUUGAAUCCGAGACCGGAGUCCUUCCGCCACGCUCCACAGGCGGGUUCACUGUGCGGGCGAGCGGGCGGCGGACCCCUGCGGACACUUGGGCAGUGGCUACCGCUGAUUGGCAGUAAAGGGGCUCACGCCCCAUCUCCUGCUUGAGCAGAACCGAGACAGCCAAUCAGAGCGAAGAUUGACAGAAAUGGCCCAAUCCUGGAGCCGGGUGAGGGCGGAGGUGGGGACAAAUGAUUCGGGUGGACUCCAGGCUGGAGCUGUUUUGGGGGUUGCAUCUUUGCUGCUGCAGCGGCUGCUGCUGGCUGGGGUUCCGUCGCCAGGGCAAGAAGCCCUCUCCGAUUUGAGGGGACCAUGAGCCGUUUCCUGAAUAUAUUACGAAGCUGGUUGGUGAUGGUGUCCAUCAUAGCCAUGGGGAACACGCUUCAGAGCUUCCGGGACCACACCUUUCUCUAUGAAAAGCUCUACACCGGCAAGCCAGACCUGGUGAACGGCCUGCAAGCUCGGACCUUUGGGAUCUGGACGCUGCUCUCAUCAGUGAUCCGUUGCCUCUGUGCCAUCGACAUCCGCAACAAGACGCUUCUCAAUCCUGGGUAUGCUCGUCGGGCUCCGGUACCUAGAAGCAGAACCAGUAUCCAGACAGAAGAAGAGAAACUGAGGCCAACAGUACCACCUCCGAGACUUCGUCUUCCACCUUUGCGGUCUUCCGUCGUCCUCUCUGCGCUAUAAUUUCUUCUCUUCUGCUCCAUCACCAGCCCCCUUAUCCACUCCUAGCCUUUUACAUUUUGUUUGCUUUUAUUACAUUUAAACUUUUUAAAGCUAUAACAUGCAUACAGAAAAGUAUAUAACAUGUAUGAACAUGUAACACAUCAUUUAAAAGUGACUCCUCUGUACUUCCAUCCAGAUCCAAACAUCUCCAGCACCUCAGAGGCCCGCCGUGCCCUUGCCACUCGCAGCCUCUCUGAGGACCGCUUUUCCAGCCUCCUGCUUUGUUCAUUGUAUUUCCAUCCCUUGAUUUGACUUAUGUGGUGGGAACAAGUGGACUGUGAAACUUAAAGCUGCUGCCUCGCCCAGAGCAGCUGCCACCAAGGGCUGCUUCAAGGGGUUGUCCACGCACGCUGGGCUCCUCUCUGCUGCUGGACCCAAGACUCCAAACCAUCUGCGGGACAGGCAGUUCUCCUAAGAAGGGCUCCCCUGUGAGUGAGCCUGGCCUAUGUCCUUGUGUCAACGGAUGGGUGACGGUUGGAAGAGUCUGGGCUGUUUUUAGACCUUCUGGUCAGCUGUAUUUGUGUAAUGAAUUUUGUAAUAAACAGAAAAACCCUCUGCUCCGA